GCGCCGGGAGCUGUCGGCAGAGCACCGUUAGGCUUCCUGGCGCGCGGCGUCCCCCCGGCGUCUCCAGAAGCCGCGUCUCGUCUCCGGCCACCAACCUGGCCUCACGGGUGCCUUCCGGCAGGUACCACCGUGCUCCCCAGCGGCUGUGAGCAACAAGGGGUCCGGACGACGGAGGACUGUGAGUCAGUCCAGCAAUUGCCAGAGCUGCGCGGAGAGCUAAGCGGAGCGGAGGUGGGGUGCUUCUCCCCCAGGACCCCGCGUAAAAAAAGGCCCACCAAAUGCUUUCUCAUUUGGACCCAGACUCCACUUCCGGAGCACUCUGGUAGCUGGAUCCCCUAGGAAGAGACUAAAGCAGUGAGAAGAAAGCAUUUCAAUUUGGAUCACUUAACUUGCACCUGGAAAUGGGGAAUGGACUGUCAGACCAGACUUCUAUCCUAUCCAGCCUGCCUUCAUUUCAGUCCUUUCACAUUGUUAUUCUGGGUUUGGACUGUGCUGGAAAGACGACUGUAUUGUAUAGGCUGCAGUUCAAUGAAUUUGUAAAUACUGUACCUACCAAAGGAUUUAACACUGAAAAAAUUAAGGUAACCUUGGGAAAUUCUAAAACGGUCACUUUUCACUUCUGGGAUGUAGGUGGCCAGGAGAAAUUAAGGCCACUGUGGAAGUCCUAUACCAGAUGCACAGAUGGCAUUGUGUUUGUUGUGGACUCUGUUGAUGUUGAAAGAAUGGAAGAAGCCAAAACUGAACUUCAUAAAAUAACCAGGAUAUCAGAAAAUCAGGGAGUCCCUGUACUUAUAGUUGCUAACAAACAAGACCUGAGGAACUCACUGUCUCUGUCAGAAAUUGAGAAAUUGUUAGCAAUGGGUGAACUGAGCUCAUCAACUCCCUGGCAUUUGCAGCCCACCUGUGCGAUCAUAGGAGAUGGACUGAAGGAAGGACUUGAGAAACUACAUGAUAUGAUAAUUAAAAGAAGAAAAAUGUUGCGGCAACAGAAAAAGAAGAGAUGAGUGGCGAUUCUUUUUAUAUCUGUGUGGAGUAGGUUUUCUCUGGUCUGAUAUUGACAAAUGGAAGAGUGUCUACAGCCUGGUUUGCCCGCCUGCCCUCUUGGAUGCUGAUAAAGCUUUGUUUUGUUGAACAAUCAGAUGCCCAACUCUUUGCCUUGUGGAAGAUGAGUAAAUGCAGUGCUUCUUAAAAUGGUCUCUUGUCCCUACCCCCACAAAUUUUUGGUACUACCAUUCUAGGAAGCCAAGCAUGGAUAGCGAAUUGACCAGAAAACCAGAAAACAGUUGUGGAAAUUUGACCUGAAGUUAGUGAAAUAAAACUUUGAAGAGUG